UGACUCAGAGUCUGAGGAGGUGUGAUAUCGCUUCAUCCGUCACAUACUAUUUCUAUGAAGAUAGAGUAUACUGUAAACAUACUCUAUUUCCAGUGUGAUGAAUGAGCUGGAUGCAGCAUCUCUUUCCUGACUUAUCUGAUCCGACUGAAAUCACUGCAUACUGCUUGCCUUGCAGUUCUAUCUGUACAGUAUGUUCUGCGCAGCACACAUCAGUGUGUUUGUGCUGUUUUUUCAGGAGUUGUCAGAGUAUGACGAGUCUCUUCAGUAACACGGUGUCUCCGGUGAAGGAGGGCUCCUCGUCUCUGUCCCGCCGCACCAGUGCACUCAGCAAACCCCCGCUACGAGCCCUUUACGACCUGCUCAUCGCACCGAUGGAGGGGGGUCUGAUGCACUCCAGCGGUCCGGUCGGCAGACACAGACAGCUGGUUCUGGUUCUGGAGGGAGAGUUGUAUCUCAUCCCGUUUGCUCUGCUGAAGGGAAGCUCGUCUAAUGAGUAUCUGUACGAGCGGUUCAGUCUCAUCGCCGUCCCGUCCAUCGGCAGUCUGGGGAGCACAGCUAAAAUUCAUCCUCGGCGGACCGGUCCGGUUCUUUGUAAUGGAGGAAGCUCCAUGGCCGCAGUGGUGGGGAAUCCUCGGCUGCCGCCGUCAGUGAUGGACCGCUGGCUUUGGGGUCCGAUGCCCACCGCUGAAGAGGAGGCUCACAUGGUGGCUGAUCUCCUGGGCUGUCAGCCGCUGGCCGGUCCCUCUGCCACCAAGGAGCGGGUCAUGAAUGCCCUCACGCAGGCCGAGUGCGCCCACUUCGCCACGCACAUCUCCUGGAAGCUGGCGGCUCUGGUCCUCACACCCAGCCAGGACAGCGGCUCUGGACCGGCGCCUGCGGCUCCCAGCGCAGCGGCAGGAGGAGGAGAGAGCGGAGGCAAAUCUAACUACACCAUCCCAGAGAGUCUGCACGUGCCGGACGACGCCAGCGAUGCCGAAAGUAUCUGCGACAGCCCACCGCUGCAGGAGUUCCUGCUCACCGCAGCCGACAUCCUCGACCUCAGGCUGCCCACAAAACUAGUCGUGCUGGGCUCGUACCAGGAGUCGGACAGUAAAGUAACGGCGGACGGUGUGGUGGGUCUGACCAGGGCUUUCCUGGCGGCCGGAGCUCAGUGUGUGCUGGUGUCUCUGUGGCCGGUUCCCAUCGCCGCGUCCAAGAUGUUCAUCCACGCGUUCUACAGCGCUCUGCUCAACGGCACCAAAGCCAGCGCGGCCCUCGCAGACGCCAUGAAGUCCGUCCAGAGCAGCAAACAGUUCUCACACCCCUCAAACUGGGCAGGCUUCAUGUUGAUUGGCAGUGAUGUGAAACUGAACAGCCCGUCGUCUCUGAUUGGUCAGGCUCUGGCUGAGAUCCUGCAGUAUCCAGACAAAGCCAGAGAUGCCCUCAGGGUUCUGCUGCACCUGGUGGAGAAAUCUCUCCAGCGCAUCCAGAACGGCCAGAGGAACUCCAUGUACACGUCUCAGCAGAGUGUGGAGAAUAAGGUGGGCGGCGUGCCGGGCUGGCAGGCUCUGCUGACCACGGUGGGAUUCAGGCUGGACUCGGCUGGAACGGGACUCCCUGCGGCGGUCUUCUUCCCCACCGCUGACCCCGGAGACCGACUGCAGCAAUGCAGCACCACCCUACAAUCACUGCUGGGUUUGCCUCCUCCUGCUCUACAGGCGCUGUGUAAACUGAUCACAGCGUCAGAAACCGGAGAACAGCUGAUCAACCGGGCUGUUAAAAAUGUAGUGGGAAUGCUCCAUCAAGUUUUAGUUCAGCUUCAGUCUGGAGAGAAGGAGCAGGAUUUCUCUCUCGCGCCCAUCCAGGUGUCCAUCAGCGUGCAGCUCUGGAGACUUCCUGGCUGUCAUGAGUUCCUGGCCGCUCUGGGGUUUGACCUGUGUGAGGUCGGUCAGGAGGAGGUGGUCCUGAAGACAGGCAAACAGGCCAACCGUCGCACCAUGCACUUUGCCCUGCAGUCGCUGCUGGCACUGUUCGACUCUACUGAGCUGCCGAAGCGUCUGAGUCUGGACAGUUCAUCGUCUCUGGAGUCUCUGGCCUCGGCACAGUCUGUGUCCCACCAGCUGCCUAUGGGUUACCCCAACCCUCCCUUCUCCCCUCCAUGCCCUGACAGCCUGGCAUCUGAUGCCAUCUCCGUCUACAGCCUGAGCUCCAUCGCCUCUUCCAUGAGCUUCCUGUCCCGUCCCGAAGGCGCUUCUGACUUUAUCAGCCAGCGCUCGCGGCAGCAGGAACUAGAGAGGCAUCGAGGUGGAGCCGGGCUUUUCGCAUCCCACCGGCACACGUCGGUGCCCCGCAGCCGCUCAUCUCCACAUGGAGCUGUGGGAGGGCAUGAUGAUGAAGAGUAUGAAGGAUACAGUAUAAUCAGCAGCGAGCCAUUGGGUGGCCAGUGUGACACGCUCCCUCGUCCGACGAACCACAGGAACCAUCGAGGUGCGGCGCGCGGCGGGACAGGCAGGGGUUACGCGGUGUCCGUGUCCUCCAGGGGAAGCGUCAGCACCCCAACGUCCCCUGUCAAAGCCACCCUGGUUCCCAGUCCCAACUCGCCCUUCCAGAAGGUCGGGAAGGUGAGUAGCUCCGACACGGGUGAAUCCGAUCAGUCCAGCACAGAGACGGACAGCACUGUGAAGUCCCAAGAGGAACGUACGCCCGGAGCAGCUCUGGACCCGCAGGAACUGGCGCAGAAGAUCCUGGAAGAGACGCAAAGCCACAUGCGGGCCGUCGAGACUUUGCAGAGAAGCACUGGGAGUGUCCCGCUGGGUGACGGGAUGGGCAGCGGAGGCCCCCCGACUCCAACUGGAGGCUCUGCCUUCCGUUCUUCGGAGACGAGCGCAUUCAGUCGCCCUAGUAGCCGGGCAAGCAUCAAGGCGCAGUCGUCUCCACUCUCGACACGCCCCAAACCGCCUUCUCGUACAUCAUCCCUACAGAAGGUCAGCUCAGGAUACAACAGCCCUGCCACGUCCGAGACGUCCCUAAAGGAAGGUAGCCAACCGUCCCCAACUACUGACAGUCAUGCCCAGUUUAAACUCAAGUAUCCCAGCUCGCCCUACAGCGGCCACAUCUCCCGCUCGCCCAGCAACGUCUCACCCAGCUCGGGCCACCAGUCUCCGGCUGGCAGCGCACCCUCUCCCGCAUUGUCCUACUCCUCGACGGGCUCGACACGCUCCAGUCCGGCGGACGCCCCGGAUAUCGACCGACUCAGAUUGGCUGCUAUUGAUGAAAAAGUCCAAGCGAUCCACAAUCUCAAAACCUUCUGGGCCAGCGCGACCCAACAGCAGCACUCGGGACCAAUGCGGGCGCUUCGCGGUGGGAAGCUGAGCACUGCCAAACGAGAUGUCCUGGGCCUUCUGAACCUCUCGCCCCGGCAUGGCGUGACAGGACAGGAUAUGCCCGGCCAAGACGUUGCACUCGAGCACCGAAAUCCACCCAACGGCCAUCGUAAGAUCGAUCCCAAAAGAGUCACGCCUUCUCCGACGGCUUCCACCGGCAGCAGUCCGGGGUCGCAUCCCAUCAGACUGCCUUCAGGGAACGGGUACAAGUUCCUUUCGCCGGGACGGUUCUUCCCUUCGUCUAAAUGUUGAGAUUCGGUGUGACUGGCUUCUGUUGAAUAUUUAUAACUCUUGAAAACAGUGAAAAGGACAGUGUGGGUGAGGAAGUGCACAUUCCCAGAAGCCUCAAACUGCCUACUGUUUUAUUUUCCGUGCAGAGAGCAUAUAAUCCUUAUGCUUCCAACUACACUGUAAAGGACCAUUUAUAUAUGCAGACUGAUCUUAGACUUGCGCAAGGCAUGUCAGACAUAAAAAAAGAAGAGAUUAUACCAAAAUGGUAUUUCAAAAAAAGACAAAAAGGCUCGCUGUUUGUGUUAGUGAAAAUGAUGCGGCUUUGACUGGUUUAUUUCUUUUUGUUUUCUUUUUUUAUAUAUAUAUAUAAUUAUUGUUAUUAUUAUUAUUAUGGAUGGUAAUUGUUAUUACAGUUAUUUGUUUUGUAAAUUAAAUCAACGUUUUGCAAUCAGUAUUAUACGUUUUUAUAUUGUUAAAGAAGCAAACCAUGCACAAAAAAAGUUGAAAAAAACAUUUUCAUAUUUUUAUUGAGAUGGUGACGAUGCACCUGACAUGACUUCUAUGUGAAUUGAGUGUCAUUAUUACAGCAUGGGUUAUCUUGCUCUCCAGUGAAUCAGUGUCUUUUUAUCAGAGAUUUUGCAUAUGUGGACUCUCAUCCAGACAUAUCUCAGUCAUUUCUCAGUAAAAUGAUCUCAAUAAAAAGUUUAAUUUAC